AUGCAUGACAACGAUGAAAAGGCUGCCGAUUUGGCCAAGACAAUCUGGGGGGACAGUAGUUUUGAACUUCCUCCCGACGCUUUUGAGAGACUCCUUCAAUUCAUUGACGAACAAGACAGUGGAUUGCGUCUUACUAUUGCUAAGUCUAUUGCAUCUGCCGUCAACAUCUUAAACGAAAAUGACAGCACCGUCUAUCAAAAGGCUUUGGACACUUUAGUCGCUGUUUACCGUGAAAAAGAAAUCCCGCCUCCUCCUCAAAAAGACAAGUUUGGCUUGGUUGUCAACAAACAUGCGGCUCAGAGAGAUUUGUGGGAGCCGAGAUCGACUGUGGCUAUCACGCUCAGGCUUUUGAGUCCUCUUUGCAUGUCACGGGAAGCCGUUGAGAAGAUCUUCAAUUUUCUUGUCACCCAAGAAAGCUUAGGUGAUAAAGAAGAUUUGGUGGCCCAGGAGCUCUUAGAGGCAGGUACGGAAGUGGUCAAGGAGUGUGGAGCAAACUUCGUGGAGAUCUUGAUCCCUAUCUUCGAGCAAUGUCUUGCUCAACCCGAUAAGAGUUCCAAAAAGCAAGACAGAAUCAAGGAGCUGGUCAUUAUUUUGUACGGUUCCUUGGGCAGAUACUUGGGACCUUCCGACGACAGAUUACUUAUCAUUUUCGAUCGUCUUUUGAAGACUCUUGAUACUCCAUCUGAGGAUGUCCAGUAUGCUGUUGCAGAGUGUAUUGCUCCUCUUGUCAAAUCUUUCGAAAGUUCCAUACAAGAUCGCUUCGAUGAGCUUUUUGAGAAGUUAUGGAAUGCCAAGACUUUGGCUGUUCGUAAAGGUGCCGCUUACGGUAUCGCAGGUUUGGUUAAAGGUGCCGGUAUUAAGUCUCUCUUCAACAAUGACGUUAUGAGAAAUCUUAUGACGGCAUCUGACGACAGCAGAAACCCAAAUGCUAGGGAGGGUGUAUCGUUUGUGCUCGAGUGCUUGUCUCAGUCUUUAGGCUCAAUGCUCGAGCCUUAUGUCGUGGAGGUUUUGCCAAUCAUCUUAAAGUUCUUGGGUGAUGCCAAUCCUCAGGUCCGUGAGGCGACAGAUUACGCCUCUAGACAGAUCAUGAAAUCAACCACUAGUUACGGUGUGAAGCAAUUGAUUCCAUUGGCUAUUGGGAAUCUCGAGGACACUGCGUGGAGAUCGAAAAAGGGAUCUGUAGAGUUACUUGGCUCGAUGGCGUAUCUCGACCCCACGCAGUUGUCUGCAUCGUUGUCGACAAUUGUCCCAGAAAUUGUGGGUAUUUUGAAUGAUUCGCACAAAGAAGUUCGCAAGGCUGCUGACCAGUCGCUUAAAAGAUUUGGUGAGGUUAUCAGAAACCCGGAGAUUCAGACUAUUGUUCCCGAUUUGAUCAAAGCCAUCGGCGACCCGACUAAGUACACGGACGACGCAUUGGAUAAACUUAUCAAGACUCAAUUCGUGCAUUAUAUCGAUGGUCCUUCUUUGGCGCUCAUCAUUCAUGUUAUUCACCGAGGCAUGAGAGAAAGAUCUGCUCAAACAAAGAAGAAGGCCUGUCAGAUCGUCGGAAAUAUGGCUAUUUUGGUUGAUAGCCACGAUCUUUUGCCAUACUUGCCCACCUUGGUCGCAGAGUUGGAGGUCGCCAUGGUUGACCCUGUGCCUGAAACGCGGUCUACUGGUGCUCGAGCAUUGGGAUCUUUGGUUGAAAAGCUUGGCGAAGAGAGAUUCCCAGACUUGAUCCCUCGACUUUUGGACACAUUGAACGAUCCUUCAAAGGCAGGAGAUAGACUCGGGUCUGCGCAAGCACUUGCGGAAGUGAUCUGUGGUCUUGGUCUUGUCAAGUUAGACGAGAUGUUGCCUAAAAUUUUGGGCUCCACUCAAUCUCCAUAUGCACACGUUCGUGCCGGCUUCAUGCCGUUGUUGUUGUACUUGCCUGUGUGUUUCGGCUCGCAAUUCUCACCUUACUUGUCAAAGAUCAUUCCACCUAUUUUGCAGGGUUUGGCCGAGACGGAUGAGGACAUUCGCGGCACCGCUUUGAAGGCCGGUAGAUUACUUGUGAAGAACUAUGCUUCAAAGGCAGUGGACUUGUUAUUACCAGAGUUAGAGCAAGGAUUGGCAGACUCUUCAUACAGAAUUCGUCUUUCUUCCGUGGAGCUCACGGGUGAUUUGUUGUUUCAGGUCACUGGAAUUUCAGGUAAAAACGAGCUUGGCGAAGAGCAAGUCGAGGUUAACAGAAACCUUGUUUCGGCCUUGGGCCAAGACCGCCGCGACCGUAUUUUGGCUGCUUUGUAUGUGUGUCGGUCUGAUGUCACGAGUGUGGUAAGGUCUGCUGCCAUUGAUAUUUGGAAGGCAUUGGUUUCCAACACACCAAGAACGGUUAAGGAGAUCAUCCCAAGUUUGACUCAAAUGCUCGUGAAGAGAUUGGGUUCUAUUGAUGAAGUCCACAGGACAAUUGCUGCCACAACAUUGGGUGAUGUUGUACGCAGAGUGGGUGCCAAUGCCUUGUCGCAAUUGUUGCCUACGCUUGAAGAGUUGCUCAUCUCCAGUGACUCUAACGCUAAGCAAGGUAUCUGUAUUGCUGUCACUGAGUUGAUCAACUCUGCCUCGCCAGAUGCAUUGUAUUCAUUCCAGCAAACUUUUAUCAAAAUCAUCCGUGACGCAUUGCUUGAUCCAUCCUCGGAAGUGAGGGGAGCCGCAGCACAGGCUUUUGAGGCCCUUCAAGAGCAGUUGGGUAACGUCGUCAUCGAUGAAAUCUUGCCAAACUUGUUGAACAUGUUGGACUCCGAAGACUCAGAAAACGCGUUGCUUGCUUUGCAGGAUAUCAUGGCCACGAAGUCUGACGUUAUUUUCCCAAUCUUGAUUCCAACGUUGUUGUCACCUCCUAUCGACGCCUUCAAAGCAAAGGCGCUUUCUUCCUUGGCUUCUGUUGCUGGCCCCGUUUUGUACUCCAGACUUGCUUCGAUUAUCAACACCCUUCUCCAAGCGGUAAUCGAUUCCAAAGAGAAUGGAACACCAGAAGAAGUGGAGGAGGUACAGGAUGCUUUCGACAAGACAUUGUUGUCCAUCGAUAGCGAUGAAGGUGUGCACCCUGUGAUGCAGCAGUUGAUGUCUUUGGUCAAGCACCAGGACCCUGCCAAAAGAGCUGCUAUUUGCGAAAGACUUGCCAUUUUCUUUGAGGAGACCACACUUGACUACUCCAUAUAUGUACAAGACAUGGUCUCUCAGCUUAUUUUCUACUUGGGAGAUAAAGACGAUAAGGUCGUUAAGGGUGUGUUUGAGGCUUUGUCGACUUUAAUUAAGGUACAAGACAAAUCUGUUUUGGAGCAAUUGGUGAAGCCCGCGCACCAAGCAUUGCUCAUAUCUGGUGUCAAGGGCGAAGACUUGGCUGGUUUUGCCUUGCCAAAGGGGCCAAGUUGCGUAUUGCCGAUUUUCUCUCACGGUUUGAUGUACGGUAACAGCGAGCAAAGAGAGUUGUCUGCGUUGUCUAUUGCCGAAAUCAUUGACAGGACUCCAGCUGCUAACUUGAGGCCAUUCGCCACUCCAAUCACUGGACCUUUGAUUCGUGUGAUUGGUGAGAAGGUCUCUUCCGAUAUCAAAUCCGCCAUCUUGUCUGCGUUGACAAACUUAUUGAGAAGAAUUCCUCAAUUCUUAAGACCGUUCAUUCCCCAGCUUCAGAGAACAUUUGUCAGAUCCUUGUCAGACCCAACUAACGAAAAAUUGAGAAAUGGUGCGGUUGAAGCAUUAGGUCUUUUGAUCGAGUUCCAACCUAGAGUGGAUUCACUCGUUACUGAAUUGGUCACUGGUGCCAAGAACGCUGAGGAUCAAGGUAUCAAAAACUCUUUGCUUAAGGCAAUGUUGCAGGUGGUUCUCAAGGGCGGAAAGAACAUGAGCGAGGCCUCAAAGUCCUCGAUCAUGUCUUUGGUUGAAGAGGAGCUCAACACUGUUGACGACAAGUCUGCUGUUGCGUAUGCACGUUUAUUGGGAUCUCUUUCCCAAAUUUUGUCUACUGAGGAGGCUGCAAACAUUCUCAAGAACAAGAUUUUGAGUAAGCGAGGCGACGAGACCUCGUUGAAGUUUGCUAUUUUGUCGAUCAACUCAUUUCUUAGAGACACACCUGUUCACGUCUUUAGCACUGGGUUGCUUGACGAAAUUGUCAGCUUUGUCUUGGAAUGCUCGAAUGCGCACUCGCCAUAUAUUAGUGACAAUGCCACUGUGGCUAUUUGUAAGAUUGCGUUGUUACAUGGAGAGAAGAAGUCGCCAAAACAAGAGGGCCCAGAAACAACAAACACGCCAUUUGACGUUCCUGAGUCUCUUAGAAUCGCUUUGGUUGAGCAAUUAUCCAAAUCUGCCAUCAAGCCAGAAUCCAACUCUAGCGACACUAGAAGAUUGGCUUUGGUCACUAUAAGAACAGUCGCCAGAAUCAAGUUUGAUGCAUUUGUCCAGCCAAACUUCAACAUGUUGGCUCCUGCUGUGUUUGCAUGCUUGAGAGAUGCAGUCAUCCCCAUCCGUUUGGCUGCGGAGAAAGCAUACUUGGCUGUAUUCAGGUUGAUCGAAGAUGUCGAGCAAUGUAUCUUUACACUGUGGUUUGAAGAGGCUUCCAAGACCACGAUAACUACUGUGUUUGGGGCUGUAAUCCAGCCAAGAUCCAUCGGUGAUUACACGAAGAGAGUUGCCAGCAGGUUGGCUCUCGUCGAGAGAGAAAGACUCGAGGAUGGUGGUGAUGACGAAACAAUGUUCAGUGAUCGUUACGAAGACGAAAACGAAGUCUGGGCCGUCGGUGGCUUUUGA